CGUGUCUGAGAGGAUAAAUAAAUACAAGGAGCGAGAUAAACCGGGUGGACACAUUCCGGAAGACUAGAAUAGUUUCGAAUCUAAUUGCCGAUGAGAAUUGAUCAUUAUAAAUAUUGAACAGAAUCCACCAAUAUCGAAUGUGGUCCUACAUAUUUAAAGACUGCAAAAACUCCCACUCAGUUUUUCGGGAUCUUGUUACUCUUCUCGGUCUUUGUUAGUUCAAUGUAAAACGGGGCAGGGCCAAGGUUGGAACUAAACCAAGAUGGCCGCCUUCAGAGUAAGGUAAGACAAACCAAUUCGGCGGUUAAAUAACGCUUUUAGCUAGCUAGUGAUUUCGAAUGUACCGUGAUUCAGGGACAUUCGCUCGCUAUACUCGAGAGUAGACUGGUGGAGUUAUCUUUUUACUGUCUAGCUAGCAGCAGUCAUAGGAAGAAGCUUGAGCCCUCUUGAAUUAAGUUAGCGGCUUGAGAGCCCUCUAUGUAGCUAACAUUUCAGGAUGAUGAUCUCUAACUAGCUAACUAUCGACAUACAUUGGUAAAUAACUCGAUCGGUUAAGUAUCAUAACACGUGUGUGUCUCUGUCUUGUGUGUCCUACAAAUUGUAUUACGACGAGGAUUUAGCUAGUUAGCAAGAUUUGACAGGACCAAAGAAGCGACGUCAGCGGUUAGUUGAUAUGAAGAGAUGCUCCAACAGUUUAGAACAGAGCGAGGCAGCGAGCCCAAAUCAGCACAGGGAGUUAUGCUAGCCAGAUAAUAUUUUGACAAAGAUGGGCAUUGUAUUACCCAUACGAACUCAUUAACAGGUAUAGCUGGCUAUAACGUUAGUGAUUCAUUAUACACAUUUUAGAUAAGGUUAACCAACAGGAUAUGGAAACAGCAAGAGGCAUUUGUAUCAACCUUUUUUGAGGACGCAUACCUGGUUAAAGUCCAUUGUAGUGUAAAUUCCCACAUGGAUUUCAUAGUCUAGGCCAGUGUUUCCCAACUCCGGUCCUUGAGUACCACCAACAGCACACAUUUUUGUUGUAGCCCCGGACAAAAACGUCUGAUUCAAAAAAUGUUUUAGUCGUGUAGCAGACGCUCUUAUCCAGCGCGACGUACAGUUAGUGAGUGCAUACAUCAUUAUUAUUUAAAAAAAAUUUUUUUUCAUACUGGCCCCCCGUGGGAAUCGAACCCACAACCCUGGCGUAGCAAGCGCCAUGCUCUACCAACUGAGCUAUACGGGACUUGAGUCAAUGGCUUGAUGAUUAGUUGACAAGUAGAAUCAGUUAUGCUUGUCUGGAGCCACAACAGAAAUAUGAACAGUUGGGGAUACUCGAGGACCGGAGUUGGUUAACACCGGUCUAGUUGUUUGACUUGUUGUCAGCAUCAUUAUCUAUCACUGCAACUUUGCAGAGCUUAAUGCUGUGUUUCCCAACCCUAGUCCUCGAGUACCCCCAACAGUACACAUUUUUAUUUUAACCAUGGCCAAGCACACCUGAUUCAACUCGUCAACUAAUCAUCAAGCCCUCAAUGAGAUGAAUAAGGUGUGUUUGUUCAGGGCUACAACAAAAAUGUGUAGUGUUGGGGGUACUGGAGGACCAGGGUUGGGAAACACUGGCUUAAUGUAUAUAGUAUUUCAUUCUCCUCUUAACCUCUGCUUCCCAUUUUAUGUAUCUCUCUUCCGCCCUCUCAGGAUGGGGCCUCUGUUAGUGUUGUGUCUGGCUGCCUGCCUCAGUGGCGCCUGGGCGGUGGACCGGGGGAACUUCAAAACCUGUGACCAGAGUGCCUUCUGCAAGUAAGUCCUGGACGAUACGCAGCUACAGCACUUAGCACCUUGAUGGAGAUUUUACACAAUCAAAGGAGAAUGUCAGUGUGUGUGUGUGUAUGUAUAUAUAUAUACUGAACAAAAUAUAAAUGCAACAUCUAAAGUGCUGGUCCCAUGUUUCAUGAGCUGAAGUAAAAGAUCCCAAAAAUGUUCCAUAUGCACAAAAAACAUAUUUUCUAAAAUGGUGCGCAAAUGUGUUUACAUCCCUGUUAGUAUGUCUCUGUUGCCAAGAUAAUCCAUCUACCUGACAGGUGUGGCAUAUCAAGAAGCUGAUUAAACAGCAUGAUCAUUACACAGGUGCGCGUUGUGCCGGGGACAAUAAAAGGCUACUCCAAAAUGUGCGUCACACAACACAAUGAGCUGUUGGCAGAUAAUUGAAUGUUAAUUUCUCUACCGUAAGCCACCUCCAACGUCAUUUUAGAGAAUUUGGCAGUACGUCCAACCGGCCUCAACUGCGGACCACGUGUAACCACGCCAGCCCAGGACCUCCACAUCCGGCUUCUUCACCUGCGGGAUCGUCUGAGACCAGCCACCUAGAAAGCUGAUUAAACUGUGGGUUUGCACAACCGAAGAAUUUCUGCACAAACUGUCAGAAACCGUCUCAGGGAAGCUCAUCUGCGUGCUCGUUGUCCUCACCAGGGUCUUGACCUGACUGCAGUUUGGCGUCAUAACCGACUUCAGUUGGCAAAUGCUCACCUUUGAUGGCCAAUGGCAAGCUGGAGAAGUGUGCUCGUCACGGAUGAAUCCUGAUUUCAACUGUACCGGGUAGAUGGCAGACAGUGUAUGGCGUCGUGUGGGCGACCGGUUUGCUUAUGUCAACAUUGUGAACAGAGUGCCCCAUGGUGGGGUUAUGGUAUGGCCAGGCAUAAGCUACGGACAACGAACACAAUCGCAUUUUAUUGAUGGCAAUUUGAAUGCACAGAGAUACCGUGAUGAGAUACUGAGGACCAUUGUUGUGCCAUUAAUCGUCUGCCAUCACCUCCGCAUAACAAUGCAUGGCCCCAGACAUGUCACCAAUUGAGCAUGUUUGGGAUGCUCUGGAUCGAUGUGUACAACAGUGUGUUCCAGUUCCUGCCAAUAUUCAGCAACUUUGCACAGCCAUUGAAGAGGAGUGGGACAACAUUCCACAUGCCGCAGUCAACAGCCUGAUAAACUCUAUGCAAAGGAGAUGCGUCGCGCUGCAUGAGGCAAAUGGUGGUCACACCAGAUACUGACUGGUUUUCUGAUCCACACCCCUACCUUUUUUUUACAGGUAUCUGUGAUCAACAGAUGCGAUGUGUAUUCCCAGUCAUGUGACAUCCAUAGAUUAGGGUCUAAUGAAUUUAUUUCAAUUGACUGAUUUCCUUAUGAACUGUAACUUAGUAAAAUCUUUGUAUAUUUUUGUUCAGUGACUGAUGGUAACGCGUAAUCCCUCAACUAGUCUACCCCCAUUCUCUUCCUCACUUAUGGUCCAGGAUGUUCACGAUAUGUACAGUGGGGAAAAAAAGUAUUUAGUCAGCCACCAAUUGUGCAAGUUCUCCCACUUAAAAAGAUGAGAGGCCUGUAAUUUUCAUCAUAGGUACACGUCAACUAUGACAGACAAAAUGAGAAAAAAAAUCCAGAAAAUCACAUUGUAGGAUUUUUAAUGAAUUUAUUUGCAAAUUAUGGUGGAAAAUAAGUAUUUGGUCAAUAACAAAAGUUUCUCAAUACUUUUAUAUACCCUUUGUUGGCAAUGACACAGGUCAAACGUUUUCUGUAAGUCUUCACAAGGUUUUCACACACUGUUGCUGGUAUUUUGGCCCAUUCCUCCAUGCAGAUCUCCUCUAGAGCAGUGAUGUUUUGGGGCUGUCGCUGGGCAACACGGACUUUCAACUCCCUCCAAAGAUUUUCUAUGGGGUUGAGAUCUGGAGACUGGCUAGGCCACUCCAGGACCUUGAAAUGCUUCUUACGAAGCCACUCCUUCGUUGCCCGGGCAGUGUGUUUGGGAUCAUUGUCAUGCUGAAAGACCCAGCCACGUUUCAUCUUCAAUGCCCUUGUUGAUGGAAGGAGGUUUUCACUCAAAAUCUCACGAUACAUGGCCCCAUUCAUUCUUUCCUUUACACGGAUCAGUCGUCCUGGUCCCUUUGCAGAAAAACAGCCCCAAAGCAUGAUGUUUCCACCCCCAUGCUUCACUGUAGGUAUGGUGUUCUUUGGAGGCAACUCAGCAUUCUUUGUCCUCCAAACACGACGAGUUGAGUUUUUACCAAAAAGUUCAAUUUUGGUUUCAUCUGACAUUCUCCCAAUCCUCUUCUGGAUCUUCCAAAUGCACUCUAGCAAACUUCAGACGGGCCUGGACAUGUACUGGCUUAAGCAGGGGGACACGUCAGGCACUACAGGAUUUGAGUCCCUGGCGGCGUAGUGUGUUACUGAUGGUAGGCUUUGUUACUUUGGUCCCAGCUCUCUGCAGGUCAUUCACUAGGUCCCCCUGUGUGGUUCUGGGAUUUUUGCUCACCGUUCUUGUGAUCACUUUGACCCCACGUGGUGAGAUCUUGCGUGGAGCCCCAGAUCGAGGGAGAUGAUCAGUGGUCUUGUAUGUCUUCCAUUUCCUAAUAAUUGCUCCCACAGUUGAUUUCUUCAAACCAAGCUGCUUACCUAUUGCAGAUUCAGUCUUCCCAGCCUGGUGCAGGUCUAAAAUGUUGUUUCUGGUGUCCUUUGACAGCUCUUUGGUCUUGGCCAUAGUGGAGUUUGGAGUGUGACUGUUUGAGGUUGUGGACAGGUGUCUUUUAUACUGAUAACAAGUUCAAACAGGUGCCAUUAAUACAGGUAACGAGUGGAGGACAGAGGAGCCUCUUAAAGAAGAAGUUACAGGUCUGUUAGAGCCAGAAAUCUUGCUUGUUUGUAGGUGACCAAAUACUUAUUUUCCACCAUAAUUUGCAAAUACAUUCAUUUAAAAUCCUACAAUGUGAUUUUCUGGAUUUUUUCCCCUCAAUUUGUCUGUCAUAGUUGACGUGUACCUAUGAUGAAAAUUACAGGCCUCUCUCAUAUUUUUAAGUGGGAGAACUUGCACAAUUGGUGGCUGACUAAAUACUUUUUCUCCCCACUGUACUUCUACCUCCACAUAGAACAUGUUUAUCAGAGUUUGUGUUAACUCAAUGUGUGUUUGUGCACUCAGGCGUCAGCGAGCGUUGAAGCCUGGCCAGUCCCCGUACAGAGCCCUACUGGAGACCCUGGAGCUCACCAACACCAAACUCACUCUGCAGCUCAUCAAUGACAACAACAAGGUCUGUUACACACACUUUAAUUGACAGAUGUAAUAUGAUGUUAUUGUACGUCCAUACAUGUAUUAACAGGUGUGCUCGAAACCCCUUUGGGACCUGGUCUCAUUUUUUUUGUUACCCUCCUCCUACCCCUCCCUCUCCCCCCUCAGGUGCGUCUGCUGCUCGAGCUCUAUCGUCUCCAGGGCAACAUGACCAGGGUGAAGAUAAACGAGUUGAAGCCGCUGAAGCCUCGCUUUGAGGUCCCCGAUGUGCUCAUCAACGACCCUCCCACAGAGCCGUAAGUCUCAUAGAGCCACCUAGAGUAGUGGGUGGGUGAUGGGUGACAUUGAGCCAUGUGGAUUUUUUAUUGUAAUUUUAUGUAACCUUUAUUUUUUCAAGGAGUCGUACUGAGACCAAGGUCUCUUUUACAGAUGAUACCUGAAUUACAUAAAUUACCGAAAAUGCACACAUCAAUAUAAAUAAAAAAUGCAAGCAGAAAGACAAACAUGGUCAUAAAAAAAACAACACAUUCAUCAAUGAUAAGGUCCUCAAUCAGCCGUCUGAAUUGCCCUAGAGGCACCAAAACAUCAAAUUUAAGAACAUUUUGAAGAUCAUUCGACAAAUAAGGUGGAAGAAAGGUAAAUCAGCUUUUAGUUUACUCAGAGACCAAAGGAAUGUCCAGACUGGGUGUGGUAACUCGUAUGUCUAAAGUUUAGUAAAGAUGGGCGGCAGGUAGCUUAGUGGUUAAGAGCGUUGUGCCAGUAACCGAAAGGUCGCUGGUUCUAAUCCCUGAGCCGACUAGGUGAAAAAUCUGUCUGUGCCCUUGAGCAUGGCACUUAACCCUAAUUGCUCCUUUAAGUUGCUCUGGAUAAGAGUGUCUGCUAAAUGACUAAAAUGUAAAUGUAGGUACAGUGGGACUUUUUGCAAAAUGGCUUUAUAAAUGAAAACAGCAAUGUAUCAACCUACGUGACAUCAGAGGGCCAACCAACUUUCUGGGAGAGAAUGCAGUGAUGAGUACUAAAAUUGUCGCCCGUAAUCAAGCGCAGUGCGCUAUGAUAAACUGCAUCUAAUGGCUGUAAUGAAGUGGCAACUGCGUUCAUAUAGAUGAUGUAGGACCGAUAGGAACAUCGACUGAAUAAUCUGCUUUCUACUGUUUAUCGAGAGGCAGGACCUAUUUCUAUAGAAGAAGCCCAUUUUUAUUCUCAGCUUUUUAACUAACUCAAUACGCUUUUUAAAAGACAGCUUUUCAUGUAUCCAGAUGCCCAGAUAUUUGUAAGCAGGGACAUGCUCAAUAUGGACACCAUCCAAAGUACAUAUAGUUAAAUCAUCAGUUAUUUUUAUGCGCUCUAGAGAACAUAUACUUUGUUUUACCUGCAUUCAAUACUAAUUUCAGGUCUAGACAGGUCAAUAACGCUAUUCUGUAAUACAAUGAGGGCAGUCUGUAGUUCAGAUAGAGCCUGGUCAACCGUGGGGGCAAUAGCAUACACAACAGUAUCAUCGGCAUACAAGUGCAGGUUACAGUUUUUUACAGACAAGUUGAUAUUGUUAAUGUAAAAAGUACAGGACCCAGAAUCUACCCCUGCGGGACACCUUUCGUAAUAUCCAAGAAACCUGAUUGAACACAAUCAGUAGAUGCACAUUGAGUUCUGUCAAAUAAUUUUUCAACCAGUUACAUGCAGCCUGGUCUAGGCCAAUUUGAGGAAAGCCUCUGAGUUAGCAGUGAGUGAUCAACAGUAUCGAAAGCCUUUGACAGGUCAAUGAAGAGGGCAGCACAAUGUUGUCUUUAAUCCAUACAGUUAACCACAUCAUUUAUACCUAGGGAUGCAGCAGAGAUAGUGCUAUGACCUGGUCUAAAAUCCGACUGAUGUACAUUUAGAAUACAUUUCAAAGAUAAGAAAGAUCUUAGCUGAGAAUUAAUCAAGGAUUCUAAUAUUUUAGCGAGGCAAGAAAGUUUAGAAAUGGGCCGAUAAUUAUUUAGGUCACAAGGGUCAGCACCUUUGAAGGGGGAGUACAUGGGCCGCCUUCCAAACCUUGGGGAUAGUACCAGAUAUAAUCAUCAGGUAAAAAAUAUGGGUUAAUGAUUCAGCAAUCGGGGGGCAGAGAGCUGCAUCAAAAAUGGAUCAAGCAUAUCAGCCCCAGUGGAUUUUUAUUACAUCAAUCUUAAGCAAGACAUCUAGCACAUCACAGAUAGUAAAUAGUUGAAAUGAAAGCAAAGAUUCACUAGAAGUUGACGGGUUAACCGUUGAGUCAGCUAGAGGCUUGCAGAUGGAAGAGCAGUCGAUUGACUGACCAGGGUCAAUUAAACCACAGUUUCUCUCAAAUAAAAAGCCUGCCGAGAUAAAAUGAUGAUUGAAAAGCAUCACUUAUUCCAUUCUUCUCAGUUAUGAUGCCAGAGUCAGACAGAACGUGCAUAGGCAGGGAAGAAGAGGAAUUUGUACGCUUUAGUGUGUUUACUGUUUUCCAACAAGUAUCACCAGCAGAGUCAGAGAGAGCUUAAAAAGUAGCUUGAUUUAGCUUUCUUAAUCGAGAUAGUACAUAUGUUUCUCAAUUGUCUGAAAGAUUGCCAGUCCACUACAGUCAGUACUCCUUGCUUUGGCCCAGGCCUUAUUUCUCAACUGAAUGAGCUCAGAUAGAUCCAGCCCUUGGUUUUCUUCUGAGCUAUCUUUGACUCUGAAUUGUUUAAAAGGGGUGUGUUUAUCUGCCAGAGGAAUACAUAUGGAGGAGAAAUGUUCUAGAGCCAACUCAGGAAUACAGGAGAUAGUGGCUAAAGCAGAGUAGAACAUGCAGAGAAAAACCCUUGAGGAAAAUGGGGGGCAAUGAAAUAAUUGGUUAGGACGGAGACCAGCAAUGGGGUUAAAGCAUAUUAGCCCCACUGAUAAUGGCGCCGGAGGGGGAUAGCUGCUGUUUUAUGGACUCUUAACCUUUUGUACAUAAUGUUGCUGCUACUGUCUCUUAUGACCGAAAAGAGCUUCUGGACAUCAGAACAGCGAUUACUCACCUUGAACUGGACAAAUAUUUUUUUACUCCAGACACCCGACAGGGCCCUCAUCCCCGUCAUUAGCAGUAGAAAGAAAAGGAGAUAUCGUGGAAGGAGAUCGGGGUGCCUGGUAAGGAGCCGGCGACGAGUGGCUAAUCUGCCUUUGCCAUCGAAACUAUUGGCCAACUUACAAUCACUUGAUAAUAAAGUGGACGAACUACAGGCACGUAUAUCCUACCAACGGGACAUUAAAACUGUAAUUUCUCUGGUAAGACAAGGGGUGGCGGUCUAUGUAUAUUUGUAAACAGCUGGUGCAUGAUAUCUAAGGAAGUCUCAAGGUUUUGCUCGCCUGAGGUAGAGUAUCUCAUGAUAAGCUGUAGACCACACUAUCUACCAAGAGAGUUUUCAUCUAUAUUCUUCGUAGCUGUCUAUUUACCACCACAAACCGAUGCUGGCAGUAAGACCACACUCAAUGAACUGUAUACGACCAUAAGCAAACAGGAAAACGCUCAUCCAGAGGUGGCGCUCCUAGUGGCCGGGGACUUUAAUGCAGGGAAACUUAAAUCUGUUUUACCUAAUUUCUACCAGCAUGUUAAAUGUGCAACCAGUGCCUAAAUGACUACCGACCCGUAGCACUCACGUCUGUAGCCAUGAAGUGCUUUGAAAGGCUGGUCAUGGCUCACAUCAACACCAUUAUCCCAGAAACCCUAGACCCACCCCAAUUAGCAUACCGCCCCAACAGAUCCACAGAUGAUGCAAUCUCUAUUGCACUCCACACUGCCCUUUCACACCUGGACAAAAGGAACACCUAUGUGAGAAUGCUAUUCAGUGACUACAGCUCAGCGUUCAACACCAUAGUGCGCUCAAAGCUCAUCACUAAGCUAAGGACCCUGGGACUAAACACCUCCCUCUGCAACUGGAUCCUGGACUUCCUGUCGGGCCACCCCCAGGUGGUAAGGGUAGGUAACAACACAUCCACCACGCUGAUCCUCAAAACGGGGGCCCCUCAGGGGUGCGUGCUCAGUCCCCUCCUGUACUCCCUGUUCACUCAUGACUGCAUGGCCAGACACGACUCCAACACCAUCAUUAAGUUUGCCGAUGACACAACAGUGUUAGGGCUGAUCACCGACAACGACGAGACAGCCUAUAGAGAGGAGGUCAGAGACCUGGCCGUGUGGUGCCAGAACAACAACCUCUCCCUCAACGUGAUCAAGACAAAGGAGUUGAUUGUGGACUACAGGAAUAAUAAGCGGACCGAGCACGCCCCAUUCUCAUCGACGGGGCUGUAGUGGAGCAGGUUGAGAGCUUCAAGUUCCUUUGUGUCCACAUCACCAACAAACUGACACGGUCCAAGCACACCAAGACAGUCGUGAAGAGGGCACGACAAAACCUAUUCCCCCUAAGGAGACUGAAAAUAUUUGACAUGGGUCCUCAUAUCCUCAAAAGGUUCUACAGCUGCUCCAUCGAGAGCAUCCUGACUGGUUGCAUCACUGCCUGGUAUGGCAACUGCUCUGCCUCCGACCGCAAGGCACUACAGAGGGUAGUGCGUACGGCCCAGUACAUCACUGGGGCCAAGCUUCCUGCCAUCCAGGACCUCUAUACCAGGCGGUGUCAGAGGAAGGCUCUAGAAAUUGUAAAAUAUUCCAGCCACCCUAGUCAUAGACUGUUCUCUCUGCUGCCACACGGCAAGCGGUACCGGAGCGCCAAGUCUAGGUCCAAGGGUCUUCUAAACAGCUUCUACCCCCAAGCCAUAAGACUCCUUGAACAUCUAAUCAAAUGGCUACCCAGACCCCCCCCUCUUUUACGCUGCUGCUACUCUGUUUAUUAUCUAUGCAUAGUCCCUUUAAUAACUCUACCUACAUGUACAUAUUACCUAAAUGACCUUGACUAACCGGUGCCCCCGCACAUUGACUCGGUACUGGUACCCCCUGUAUAUAGCCUCGCUAUUGUUAUUUUUACUGCUGCUCUUUAAUUAUUUGUUACUUUUAUUUCGUAUUAUUUUAUAUCGUAUUUUUUUGUGUGAUUUGAUUUUUGAUUUUUUUGGUAUUCUUUCUUAAAACUGCAUUGUUGGUUAAGGGCUUUUAAGUAAGCAUUUCACUGUAAGGUCUACACCUGUUGUUUUCGGCGCAUGUGACAAAUACAAUUUGAUUUGAAAAGGAAAUGUAGUUCAUGGAGGAAGCAGGAGAAAACUACCUGAGGGCAUGCAGUAGAUGAGUGGCCUGGCUCUCAGGAAGUGGUGUAGAUUUGUUGAUAAUGUUAUAGCCUCCAGAACCAAGAGAGAAUGCAUCUGUGUGAAUGGACAGUGGAGACAAGAUAGCACAGAAUAAUGUCAUCUAAAUGAUAUGUGUAUUGGGUGUUUUCUGUUGCCUUAUUGAUUCCACCCAUUGUUUUACCCCUCUCACACUCAUCUCGCUCUCUCUUCUCCCUCUCCUUCCUCAGUCUGUCUCUCCUGUCGCAGGAUGAGAACGGGGUGGUUCUGUCUUUGGGGGCAGACUCUCAGCGGCUGAUCGUCAGUGCUAAACCGUUCCGAUUGGACAUCAUGGAGGGGCGGGAGGUUCUUCUGUCGCUUAACUCCCGUGGCCUGCUGGCCUUCGAGCACCUCCGGAUCCGCAAGGAUACGUAAGUGACCCACAUAUCCCUUCACAAUGCAAGUUUGUGUUUAUGUUCUCACAUUAUACAUGUUUCUUUUGUUUGUUUUCUUGCUUUUUCACUGCUUUGUAUUCUGCUUCUCCAUUUCAUCAUUAUUUUCCUCCAUUCUGUUCCGUUCUUCUCUUCUACCUUUCAGCAUCUCCUAUAAGAUAAAAACCAAAGUUUAUAGCGUGUGGGAAAAUAUAAAGUGGGUAUUCUCUAGGUAAAUUCCUUCAGCUUUAUAGGUUUGUAUUAGUCUGUGCUGUCAAUGUAGGAGUAUGGAGUUGAGUGUCAAAGUUUAGACAGACAUCCAAAAAUGACAUGCCCAAAUGGCUCAAGGAUGUGGUGACUUGGCGUGGUAGCUUUUUACUAAAUCAUUUGCUGUCUAGGCAUGAAAACCAGUUCUAGGCUCACUACCAUUUGGUCUGCUCUUUACCUGUCUUCAGAGGAGAUGUUCACAAGCCUUUUUCCUCCCACACUUCUCUUUUGACUUCAAAUGUCUUCAUAAUACAGCCAUUUCAACUCACCGUUGACCCAAUAGAGUCAUGUUAUAUGUAGAGGCUGCCUAGUCUAAUCCCACAGCACUGAGUAGACCACAAUGUCUCCUCAAGGCUUGUUUGUUCCGGUCAGUGUGUGCUUUCACUGGGGUAGUGUGUGUUCUCGGAGGAAGCCUAUGUGUAAGGCAGGGUACUGGUGGUCCCUUUGGGUGUUUAGCUAAAGAAAUAACCACAAGGUAGGGAGUUGUUCCCCUUUUGUCAUUAGAGUGAAAUCUUAGAGGUUUCAGUAGUUUGACACUAGCUCUAGUUUUAUACUAGUGAGAAGGUUGUGUGUGGCCGUCAUGAUUUUCCUUAUUUCUGUUCUCUCUUCCCUGUGUGCUUCUAUUGGUAUUUUUAUUUACUCAGUUGUCAGCCAGUUGUGUAUCUGUUUUGGGGACGUUUCUCUCUCUAUCUCUCUCUCUCUCUCUCUCUCCCACAGUCGGGUAGACCCAGAAGGAACUGAGAAGAAAGAAGAAACUGAUGCUGCCAACGAACCGGCAGGAGGAGAGGAGGAGGUGUGUGGGAGGCAUGAAGGGAGAAGUAACACUAACCAAGGUUUCCCCCAGGCAUUUGAUUAGGAUCAAUAAACUGAACAAGAGAAGGUUUUGUAACACUGCUUACUGCCCUUGCCAACGGACUGAAACCGAAAUCAACCCCUCUUUUCGUUGCUUUUCCCAUUCUCUCUCUCUCCACCACAAUGCUCCUCUCCCAUUCUUUCCAUCUGUCUCCACCGUUGUUUAUUUUGUUCCUUCCUUCCUAGACGGCAAAGCAGGAUGAGAAAAUGGAGGAUGGAAUGUGGGAAGAGACAUUCAAAUCGCACACAGACAACAAACCCAAUGGUACGGAUACUUCUCUGUGGACCUGUUAUUUCAGAUAAAUUGACAGGUGAAAGAGGAGGCUUGCAAUCAAAGACUUGGUAUUCUGAUCCUGGGUCCUCAUCUCCUAGAGAUAUUAUUUUAUGAUUGGAUGAGUUGUAUGACUUGCUUUAGGCACAGUGACCAAUGCUGAAUGGGUUUUGAAUGUAGUGUGUCCUGGUUGGCUGUGUUCUCCCUCAGGCCCUUCCUCCAUCAGUCUGGACUUCUCUCUGCCAGGGGUGGAGCAUGUCUAUGGGAUCCCGGAACACGCAGACAGCCUUAAACUCAAAACCACUGAGUGAGUGAUACUGAUACUGACAUUGGCCCUUUAUAUUGGUUAAUUGAGACCGUAGUUAACUAAGACUACUUUAUGUUUUCAGAUGGUUUUCUACCGUAUGUAUUUUCUGACGGUGCAGGACAAGCUCUUAACUGUUUGUGUUGAUGCAUUUUCUUUUGUUUUCAACAUUGUAGGUUGAAGAUUUUUAAAUAGGACGAAAAGACAGACUAUAUGACAAUGCAAUAAUAUAUACGUAUGCAUUUUCCAGUGGAGGGGAUCCGUACCGGUUGUUUAACCUAGACGUGUUCCAGUAUGAGCUGUUCAACCCCAUGGCCUUGUACGGUGCCAUCCCUGUCAUGCUGUCCCACAGUGCACAGCGCACCAUGGGCAUCUUCUGGCUCAACGCUGCUGAGACCUGGGUGGACAUCAGCUCCAACACCGCCGGCAAGGUAAGACACACACACACAGUUAGUCAGUAAAUAUUUUUCUCCAGGGUUCCCAGUGAGAGACACACCUCUCAACCACCCUGUGUAUACACAUUGAAGGGUACAGUCAGAGAGAACACAAACACACCCUCUUACCCCUACUCUGGUUCUCUCUGGUUGUAUAGACUGUGUUUGGCCAGAUGCUGGACUACGUUCAGGGCUCCAGUGAGACGCCACAGACUGACGUGCGUUGGAUCUCAGAGAGUGGCAUCAUCGACGUCUUCAUCAUGCUGGGACCCACUCCCACUGAUGUCUUUUCCCAGUACGCAUCACUCACAGGUCAGACUCUCACUACAGAAACCCAGUUCAUAUUCCCUGUCCACUUUCCCAGUCCCUGUAGAGGUUAGUGUCGCAGAUCGUGCCACUUCCCUCACACACCUGUCCAGGUACCCAGGCCUUCCCUGUCUGCGCUGGCCUGCCACCAGGGUCCCUCAUAAUACAACUGUCUAUAAAUGACCACCCAGCACUCUCUCCCCACCAGGUACCCAGGCCUUCCCUCCCCUGUCUGCGCUGGCUUACCACCAGUGCCGCUGGAACUACAAUGACCAGGAGGAUGUGGCGGCGGUGGACCAGGGCUUCGACGAGCACGACAUCCCCUACGACUUCAUCUGGCUGGACAUAGAGCACACGGACGGCAAGCGUUACUUCACCUGGGACCCUCACAAGUUCCCCCAGCCCAAAGACAUGCUGCAGGGUCUGGUAGACAAGAGACGCAAGGUGAGCACAUUCAUGUGUUACAGCUGUCUGGCCAGGGCUCCCUUGUCGAAAACAGUUCUGUCUUAUUGGGACUCGACUAUAGAUGAAGAAUGUAAAAAGUCAAAGGUUCUGAGACACGUUGACAAGUCGUCUCAUCUCAGUUUUGCUGUUUUCCUUCUCCCUGUACCAUUAGAUGGUGACCAUUGUGGACCCCCACAUCAAGGUGGACAGCAGCUACAAGAUCCACAAUGAGAUCGGCUCCAAAGGGUUCUACGUCAAAAACAAAGAUGGCAGAGACUACGAGGGCUGGUGCUGGCCUGGUAAGAAACAGGGAAAUUAGUCUGACCCCUAAUCGAAGAGAAACACAUUGCACUUAUUCAACAUCUCUCUCCUCUUUCUAUUCUAGGUAAUUCUGGUUACCCAGACUUUACCAACCCUGAGAUGAGAGCUUGGUGGGCCAGUAUGUUUGCCUACGAUCAGUAUGAGGUAAGUCCCUUCUAGGGCUGUGGCGGUCACAUUUCGUCAGCUGGUGAUUUGUCAAGCAAAUAACUGUCAGUCUCAUGGUAAUUUAUAGUUAAUUAACAUAAACACAUGUAGCAUCUCCUGGCAUCCACACAUAGCCUACAAGCCACUGAUGCAGACCUUUGGAACAUCCUAUAUUUUGAAAAGUCUAAAUCCAUGUAAUAUAGCCUACACCUUCACAAUAAAUCCAUUUAUUUAUUUUAAACAGGUCUAAAGAAUCUUGCUAUGAAGAAAAUGUAGUCUAUUUCAGAAGAACAGAAUAGCAUACUCUGAGUUGUCCUUAUGUUAGGUCCUGAUCUGGCUAUGCCAAAUGGCUGUGGGCUACACUAGUUCAUUUAGCAGACAAGAUUUGCUUAGAAUUCCGUGGCAUUAAUUUAUAGUAUGAAGAAUACAAUUAAACAAAGCUGAAUAAAAUAGAAAGGAUAUUUUCUUCAAACGAUUUGAGGGAGUGCGCACAUGCGGCUAUUCUGUGUUGAGUGGUUAACAAAGAAAUAGGUGUUCCUAUAUGCCUAAUUUAGAGGGAUAAAUGUAACUUUAGUUGUUCUACAAACGUUGGGCUAUAUGUUUUGAUUUUUAAUACAUUGUAAGGCUGCAUGAUGCGACUAAUGAUUUGAAAAAAAGUCGCUUGAAAGGUAUGAGCUCUGCUUUUUUUUUGCACAGGCUGUACACACUUCAUGAGUCUCUCAUUCACAAUUUGAGAAGCACUUGAGAAUGCCUCGAAUUUACCAGCAGCAUCCCCUUUGUGUGGCCAUAAUGCACCCUAAAGAAAUCCAUGCCUUUUGCAGCCCUUCUCCCUGAGUGCUGCCUGCUCCGAUGCACCUCUCAUCUCCAUCACGUGAUCGGGUCUUUCUCACAGGGACGGAACUGCGCUCGUCCUUAUCCAAUUUCGAGGUGCAUAUGGAAAAUAUUGGAAGAACUGUCCACAUUUACUUUUCAUCAGCCAACAAGAUGAGUAGGCCUAACGAACAGCAAAAGCACUAGCCUGUGUCAAUCUACUAUCCCCCAUAGUACAAAAGUUGACCUAUUCUGUGUGAGAAAAAAUAUUCCAAACAUAGUCUGGGACAGUUGUGGGAUGCGAUAGAUCCCAAAUUAAUACAACCACUAGCAUCAAAAACACUUUUUUACGCAAUGUGGCUGACACAACAGAUCAGAACGUUUAGCUUAAAAUGUUGAUUAACUAUUAGGCUAUUUCUUCACAUUAUAAGCGCAGCAAUGCGCACAUGGUAGUAGGCUAUAAGCGCGAAUGUUCCAUUAGCUGGAAAACACCAUUAAUGUAAUGCAUUUUUAUGGUGAAGAUUAUGUUCCCCAAACUUGAAACUCAUGAUCUGCAUACAGUAUGUACAGUGAGCGAAAAAAGUAUUUGAUCCCCUGCUGAUUUUGUAUGUUUGCCCACUGACAGACAUGCUCAGUCUAUAAUUUUAAUGGUAGGUUUAUUUGAACAGUGAGAGACAGAAUAACAACAACAAAAUCCAGAAAAACGCAUGUCAAAAAUGUUAUAAAUUUGAUUUGCAUUUUAAUGAGGGAAAUAAGUAUUUGACCCCUCUGCAAAACAUGACUUAGUACUUGGUGGCAAAACCCUUGUUGGCAAUCACAGAGGUCAGACGUUUCUUGUAGUUGGCCACCAGGUUUGCACACAUCUCAGGAGUGAUUUUGCUCCACUCUUCUUUGCAGAUCUUCUCCAAGUGAUUAAGGUUUCGAGGCUGACGUUUGGCAACUCAAACUUUCAGCUCCCUCCACAGAUUUUCUAUGAGAUUAAGGUCUGGAGACUGGCUAGGCCACUCCAGGACCUUAAUGUGCCUCUUCUUGAGCCACUCCUUUGUUGCCUUGGCCGUGUGUUUUGGGUCAUUGUCAUGCUGGAAUACCCAUCCAUGACCCAUUUUCGAUGCCCUGGCUGAGGGAAGGAGGUUCUCACCCAAGGUUUGACGGUACAUGGCCCCGUCCAUCGUCCCUUUGAUGUGGUGAAGUUGUCCUGUCCCCUUAGCAGAAAAACACCCCAAAAGCAUAAUGUUUCCACCUCCAUGUUUGACAGUGGAGAUGGUGUUCUUGGGGUCAUAGGCAGCAUUCCUCCUUCUCCAAACACGGCGAGUUGAUGCCAAAGAGCUCUAUUUUGGUCUCAUCUGAUCACAACACUUUCACCCAGUUUUCCUCUGAAUCAUUCAGAUGUUCAUUGGCAAACUUCAGACGGCCCUGUAUAUGUGCUUUCUUGAGCAGGGGGACCUUGCGGGCGCUGCAGGAUUUCAGUCCUUCACGGCGUAGUGUGUGACCAAUUGUUUUCUUGGUGACUAUGGUCCCAGCUGCCAUGAAAUCAUUGACAAGAUCCUCCUGUGUAGUUCUGGGCUGAUUCCUCACCAUUCUCAUGAUCAUUGCAACUCCACAAGGUGAGAUCUUGCAUGGUGCCCCAGGCCGAGGGAGAUUGACAGUUAUUUUGUGUUUCUUCCAUUUGCGAAUAAUCGCACCAACUGUUGUCACCUUCUCACCAAGCUGCUUGGCGAUGGUCUUGUAGCCCAUUCCAGCCUUGUGUAGGUCUACGAUCUUGUCCCUGACAUCCUUGGAGAGCUCUUUGGUCUUGGCCAUGGUGGAGAGUUUGGAAUCUGAUUGAUUGAUUGCUUCUGUGGACAGGUGUCUUUUUAUACAGGUAACAUGCUGAGAUUAGGAGCACUCCCUUUAAGAGUGUGCUCCUAAUCUCAGCUCGUUACCUGUAUAAAAGAUACCUGGGAGCCAGAAAUCUUUCUGAUUGAGAGGGGGUCAAAUACUUAUUUCCCUCAUUAAAAUGCAAAUCAAUUGAUAACGUUUCUGACAUGCGUUUUUCUGGAUUUUUUGGUUGUUAUUCUGUCUCUCACUGUUCAAAUAAAUUUACCAUUAAAAUUAUAGACUGAUCAUUUCUUUGUCAGUGGGUAAACGUACAAAAUCAGCAGGGGAUCAAAUACUGUUCCCUCACUGUAUGCCAGUCAGGCUCUACACCCCUUGUAAAGCAGAUUAAUGUGCUUCAUUUAAUGAAGUUAUUUGGCAACUUUGGUUGUGAUACAAACAUUAUUUAAACAUAUAGGCCUAUGGCCUAGGCUAAAUGAGGUGUGCGACUGAUUCGAAAAAGUCACUCAAAAAAAGGCAUUGUUUCUUGCGUUUUUAAGCUGGGCGUCAUUCAGAAGUGAUAAUAUAUCAUUCACAAGUGAUAAGCUAAUAUUGUCACCCAUCAGACUAAUCUUGUCUUUACAUAUACUAAAUAAUAUGCGUGAAAUUCGUUUUGAUUUAGAAUGGACCAUUAUCAUGCACCUGUCUCGAAACAGGCAGGGGGAAAAUUACGUAAUCUCUGCACUUAAAUAGCGAAUGGAGGACACUUUUCCUGUUUUUCAAUUUCAUGCCAGCCAGGUAGGCUAUACUCCUGAAGAUAAGCAAUGUGCUUAAUAUUUGCUUAAUAUUAGGAAAGUUGAGAAAUUAAUAUAGUAGGCCUAGCCUAUAGAAAGCUGAUGGAUCCUCUUUUUAAUAUAGGACAUCACUCUGUUUUCUCGCGCAAUUGCAUAGCCUAUAGAAAUGUUGCGCAAAAUGAAGUGUUUGAUUUAGAUUUUAGAUUACAUUUCCAUUGAUGUCAGCGUGAUUAGAGGGACAAUAGAGUACCAGGCAGUUAGCAAGUUUGGUAGGCUACUAAUGACCAUCAGCAGCAUUGGAGAAGCCUAAUUACCGUGACUAAACUGUCACAUGGAAUUUGACUGACUUCAUGACUAGUGACCGCCGGUGUGGCGGUAAUAUGAUCACCGCAACAGCCCUAGUCCCUUCUGCCCCCGUUUGACUUUUGCCAUCAAAUCUCAUUCCCUAUGUGUCAUUCUGUUGCUCUAAUAUCUCUGAUCUCAGGGUUCCAUGGAGAACAUGUAUACGUGGAACGAUAUGAACGAGCCGUCAGUGUUUAACGGACCAGAGGUCACCAUGCAUAAAGACGCCCUGCACGGGAACUGGGAGAACCGUGACCUCCACAACCUCUACGGACUCUAUGUGGUGAGUGAGUGUGUGCCUGUGUUGUACUCAUCUUCACUCUUGUAGAACUGGGACUUGCAAUUGCAAUGGUAGACUUUUUUUUGAAGAAAUGACUGUUAGACGGUUUGAAUGUUUCUACUGAGCUUUGCUGCUUGCACUUGCAAUAUCCACCCUCUCCUCUCCCCCUCAGCAAAUGGCCACAGCAGAGGGUCUGAUUGAGCGUUCAGGGGGAGUGGAGAGGCCGUUUGUCCUGACCAGAGCCUUUUUCGCUGGCUCCCAGCGCUACGGUGCUGUGUGGACAGGUGAUAACACUGCUGAGUGGGACCAUCUGAAGAUCUCCAUCCCCAUGUGUCUCAGCCUGGGACUGGUUGGUGUCUCUUUCUGUGGAGGUGAGUCUGUCUUUCUGUGGAGGUGAGUCUGAUUCAGUCUUAGCUAACGCCCCUAUUUUCCUCUACACGAAAAGUCACAGCUAAGCAAUUAAUACAUUUAAAAUCUUUUGCGCAAUUUUAUGAUGCCGUUAUCGACUUGUUUACAUUAUUAUGGUUCAUUGUCUGUUUCUUUACACCCGUCACAUUGUAAAUGGUUAUUGGUUAUUCUCCCUCUGUUAACUCCUCUCCUCAUCCUCCUCCUCUCUCUCCCCCUCUCCUAGCUGAUGUGGGUGGCUUCUUCAAGUCUCCCAGUACCGAGCUCCUGGUGCGCUGGUACCAGACGGGGGCGUACCAGCCCUUCUUCCGGGCCCAUGCCCAUCUGGACACCCCCCGCAGGGAGCCCUGGCUGUUUGGGCCCGAGAACACGGCUCUGAUCAGGGAGGCUGUCCGCCAGCGCUACGCCCUCCUGCCCUACUGGUACCAGCUGUUCUACCACGCCCACCACUCUGGCCAGCCCGUCAUGAGACCCCUGUGGGUGGAGUAUCCUCAGGAUACGGCCACGUUCUCCAUGGAUGACCAGUUCCUGCUUGGUGAGUGAGAGCGCGUUAUAUUUAUCUGUUAUUCCCUAGUAUAGCGCAGUGUCAAUAGAUAUUCCUGUCUUUGCUUACCCUUUAUGAUUGAUGCCAUGACUGAGUCACAUUCCACCUAUCCUGCUGUUUCAGGGAGAGAUCUGCUGGUGCACCCCGUGACUGAGGAGGGGGCCAGGGGUGUUACUCCCUACCUGCCUGGAAAAGGAGAGGUGAGUCUCUCUCAGGAACUGUCAUAACGUUAUGUCAUUAUUAUAAGUCUUAUGUAGGUUAUAUGUCAGCCAUCUAAUUGAAACCCACUGCUAACUGCUCUGUUCUAUGUCCUUCAGGUCUGGUUUGACGUCCACACGUUCCAGAAACACAACGGAGCCCAGAACCUCUACAUCCCUGUCACCAUGAGCUCUGUAAGAAACUCUACAACACACUCACUAACAACCAGUCAGGCUCUGUCACGCUCAGGGGACUACAUGCUUAUUUAAACAGUCACAUGAAGUUAACAUCACAUCCUGUAAGUGCUGUUGAGAGAAUUGUGUAAGCUUGGAAAGACACUCUCUCUUUCCCAGAUUCCAGUAUUCCAGCGCGGUGGUUCCAUUAUUCCCAGGAAGGCCAGGGUUCGAAGGUCAUCAUCCUGCAUGGAACAUGACCCCUACACCUUAUUCGUUGCUCUCAGCCCAAAGGUAACACAAACGCACACAUUGUCACUUAUACACUCAGUUUUCCCCAUUUAGGUGGAUUUCUGCAGCAGGAGAAGUGGGAUUUGGGAUUUGACCUUUUUUAAUAUGUUACGUCCGUUACAGAGAUUUGCCCAGGGCGAGCUCUACAUAGACGACGGCCACACCUUCAACUUUGACAAACAGAAACAGUUCAUCCACAGAAGACUUUCCUUUGCCAAUAACGCCCUGUCCUCCAGGUCUGUCAGAUAAUUUUUCUCUCUCAAAUUAUGUUUAUUCAUUAUUACACUCCUUGCUUUUUGUCUAUGUUGAGUGUAACUGAGAAUUCCCUCUCUCCCCCUGCAGAAACCUGGCCCCUGGCUCCCAGUUCACCACUCCCUCCUGGAUUGAGAAGAUUGUCAUAUUGGGGGCCAGUAAGCCCAACAAGGCCACUCUGAAGACUCCUGGUGAGUUUUUACACUGUCUUAUUCAUACUAUGGAUUAGUGUGCCAAGUUAAGUUGCCAGUAAGUCAUUGUGUGUUUUGAAUGUUUCCGGUUUUCAUACCCAAGUAGGCAGUUAUGAGACGGAAAUAGUUGGGCAAUAAAUUAUACUGAACAAAAAUAUAAACACAACAUGCAGCAAUUUCACAAUUUUUACUGAGUUACAGUUCAUAUAAGGAAAUCAGUCAAUUAAAAUAAAUAAAUUAAGCCCUAAUCUAUGGAUUUCACAUGACUGGGCAUAGGCCCACCCACUGGGGAGCCAGGCCCAGCCAAUCAGAAUACGUUUUCCCCCCACAAAAGGGCUUUAUUACAGACAGAAAUACUCCUCAGUUUCAUCAGCUGUCCAGGUGGCUGGUCUCAGACGAUCCUGCAGGUGAAGGAGCCGGAUGUGGAGGUCCUUUGCUGGGCGUGGUUACACGUGGUCUGCGGUUUUGAGGCCGGUUGGACAUACUGCCAAAUUCUCUAAAAUGACGAAGGCGGCUUAUGGUAGAGAAAUGAACAUUCAAUUCUCUGGUAGACAUUCCUGCAGUCAGCAUGCCAAUUGCACUCUCCCUCAAAACUUGAGACAUCUGUGGCAUUGUGUUGUGUGACAAAACUGCACAUUUUAGAGUAGCCUUUUAUUGUCCCCGGCACAAGGUGCACCUGUGUAAUGAGCAUGCUGUUUAAUCAGCUUCUUGAUAUGUCACACCUGUCAGGUGGAUGGAUUAUCUUGGCAAGGAGAAAAUGCUCACUAACAUGGAUGUAAACAAAUUUGUGCACUGAAAUUUUAGAGAAAUUAGCUUUUUGUGCGUAUGGAAAAGUUCUGGGAUCUUUUAUUUCAGCUCAUGAAACAUGGGACCAACACUUGUUGUGUUUAUAUUUUUGUUCAGUAUAUGUUCUGUGUCACUGUGUGUAUAAUGGCAGGUCAGACUCGAAUGACUGUUAUUGCUCUAUUCUGAUUUUCUGAUAUCUUUUUCUCUGUAGAUGGCAAGGAAAGUCUGCUGGAGUUGGAGUUUGAUGCCUCCAUGUCGGUGUUAACCCUUCGCAAGCCGGGCGUCAACGCAGGGGUGGACUGGACUGUGUUGCUUCAGUAACCAUGGAGAUUAAAAAUGGAGGGGGGGACGACUGAACCGGACUGAACAGGAAAGGAGGAGAGCGAUGGAGGAACUGAGUGGACACGGGCUGCAAUCGUAACGCACCAAGCAAGAUAUUGGAAGGACUGCUCUAAUAUGGUACACAGACUGGACAGGUGAUACAGGACUAUCCACACACACACACUUUCAUAACAAGCUUGGGCACAUAAACACACGUGGACAGGGCUUUGUUCUGUAGAUCUGAACUGUGUCUCUUCCAUCUCCACCUUGCAUUCUGUUAAACUGACGGUUGGUCAACUUACUGAAGGGUUACCAGGUAGAUUAUUCUUUGUUAGCUGCAUUUACGUAAAACAUUCUUCACAAUUCAAAUCAUGGUAUCAUUGUAGUGAAUGUUUGAGAGUACUCAAAGACAUUCAAGUCCGAUGGAUGAUUAUUUUAGGUUUUCCAUCAAGUAUACUUUAGAUGUAAAAUAUCAUUUGAAUAAGUUUGCUGACAACAAAAGGAAGACACUCAUUCACACAGUCUAGUUUCUAAUUCCAUAUCUGGCCAUCUCUUAUGACUUUAAAUUCUUAAUAUUUUUCAUGUUUUCAUUCCAUUAUAUAUUCCCCCUGUAAUUACUGAAGAGAAAUCAACAGGAACGCCAAACCGCUCCCUUUGCUUUCAGCUUAUGUGCCACAUUCUAUUCAGGUUUUAUUAGGGAGGGGGGGGGGGGGGGGGGGGGGGGAUUUAGAAACUCCCCACCAACCAAGAAUGCUGCACUGAUCCAAGAGGAUCUGUAAAUGUCAUGUGCAUUUCUCUUAUUGCCAUAGUGUAUUGAGUCUUAUCUCUGAUUCCUAAUUUAAGGUUACUCAUUCCUUCUUAUUUUGCCCCCAAAUUAGUUUCUGACAAGAUUGUGCGUGCUUAGCUCAUCAUUACGAUGUUGUGUUUAAUGUGCUGGAGGUCAAAUACAUAAAGUACGGUCUGAACUACUGAAUGGAAGGGGAUUUGGCUUUUUAAGUAAACUCAUAUUUGGGAAUUAUUCCAAAACCACUGACUUUGGACACUCAUCCUAAUAACAUGUUUGUUUUGACACGUUUAUUUUUGUUUCUGACUUGUCUAUGUUCAAUUUGUUUACUUGAUUAUCAAAUGCACUUGAAGAGAGGUCCAGAAUGAACUCAAAGCAGUUAGGGCCAGGCAUUGGGAUUAGAUUGUGGGUUGUGGUACAGGGUCACGGUCCAGUGUAUUCAGUGUCAUGCUCUUUAUAGUGUUGAUUUUAAUUAUGUCAAAAUUUAAAU